AUGGAUUCAAGUUCAUCGACAACACUUCUUCAACAUCAACCAUUUUUAAAUACGUUUAUUAAAAGUGAAUAUACAUCAUUAUCAAAUAAUCAACAAUAUCCUUUAACUAUUUAUCCAAUAACAUCAAUGAGUAGUGCAGGAAGUGAAUCAAGUUUAAGUUCACCAUCAACACCAAUGCAUAUCGAUGAAAAUUAUCUUGAUACAUCAAUACAUAAUAAAAAGCAAAUAUUAGAAUCGACAAAUAAUACUAAUAAUACAAAUCAUCAACGACGUAUACGUCGUUCAACACGUCGAUUAAAUGGUCAGCCAUAUACAGCAACAACAUCACGUCGUUUAUCAUCAAAAAGACGACAACAACAACAACAACAGCAACAACUACUACAUCUUCAUAAUAAUCAAGAGCAACAACAACCAAUAAUGUCACAAGAUGAUGUACAAAAUCAACGUGCUAUUGCUAAUGUACGAGAAAGACAACGUACACAAUCGUUAAAUGAUGCAUUUGCACAUCUUCGUCAUAUUAUUCCAACAUUACCAUCAGAUAAAUUAUCGAAAAUUCAAACAUUAAAAUUAGCAACACGAUAUAUUGAUUUUCUUUAUCAAAUUUUACGUUCCGAUGAACAACAGAAUUCAUCACCAAAUUUAACAUCAUCAUCAUCACAACAAACUCCAACAUCACAACUUCAGCAACAACAACAUACACUUGAUACAGGAUCAUCAUCAUCACCACCGUCACAACAACAACAACCACAGCAACAACAACAGCAAAAUGAACGUCCAUUAAGCUAUGCAUUUAGUGUAUGGCGUAUGGAAGGUGCUUGGUCUGUUAAUGAUAAUACAAGUAAUGAACAACAAACAUCGAUUGGUAAUGGACCAUUUUCGCCUGAUGAUUAUCAAGAAAACUAA